AAAACUUGCAUUACAGUUGGUAACGUCGCGGCCUAACCUGACAGAACCGAAGUAGCAGAUCCGCGGGCGUGAGUAAUUUUUGGAGCGCACGUACGUUGAUUCGCUUCGGUCGUAUUGCCGCGCUCUUUGUCGUACAGGUCCGAUUUGUACAUAUAGGCUCAAGUGGAGUUUUAUCGAUAAAUUUCCUGUGAAAAGAAAGCGUAAUUUAACACCGUCCAUCUCGACAUUUGCGGGAUAAAGCGGGCAGCCAGCACCGCGUUUUCCUUAACUAGAGUCGUCUCUCGGUCGUUGUUCCUGUUAUGCAGUGGUGAACGUAGACAGGUGAGCGCGUUUCACUCGAGGCAAGGAUGCUUUCUUCUCUACAUUCGCAUUUUUUUUACUACAAGAAAAAAAAAGUGUGCGUGGCGCGCGCGUGUAUGUGUGUGCGUGCGCGCGCGUGUGUGCGUGCGCAAGACGCGAGUAGAUCUUUAUUUCGACAUCUAUCUCUUUCAUUUGCUGUCACGCUCGCUCCUCCAUGCGUCUCUCUCUUUCUCUCGCUCUAUUUAUCUAUCUAUUUAUCUCUCUAUUUAGCUUGUAUCUAUCUUAGUCUCGUCAAAGAAAUGAAUUGUGCAUCACACAAUGUAACGGAAUACCCAUCUUUGAAAUAGUAGUUAUAAUAACAGUGACGCUCAAUCGACAAGCAUAUAGGAAUAGGAUGUCGGGGCACAGGGGCAGUGGAGGAGCUGGAAGUCAUCAGGGUGGUCCUCCAGGCCUCAAGCAGAUUGACUUGGAUCAAAUUUGGGGAGACUUACGUGAGGGCAUAGAACAAGUUUAUAACAGGCAGUGCAUGUCAAAGCCAAGAUACAUCGAGUUGUACACACAUGUUUAUAAUUAUUGUACAAGCGUUCAUCAGCAAUUAACCAGAACAUCAACUAAAAGUAAAAAGGGACAAAUUCAACAAGGAGGUGCUCAAUUAGUGGGUUUGGAGCUAUACAAACGCUUGCGUGAUUUUCUUAGGACUUAUCUCAUUAAUUUACUCAAACAUGGUAUUGAUUUGAUGGAUGAGGAUGUGCUGCAGUUCUACACGAGACAAUGGGAGGAAUAUCAAUUUAGUAGUAAAGUUUUAAAUGGUGUGUGCGCAUAUCUCAAUCGCCAUUGGGUACGGAGAGAGUGCGAAGAAGGUCGCAAAGGAAUUUAUGAAAUUUACCAAUUAGCCUUGGUUACCUGGCGAGAUAAUUUAUUUAAACAUUUAAAUAGACAGGUUACUAAUGCGGUGCUUAAAUUAAUUGAGAGAGAACGUAAUGGUGAAACGAUAAACACUCGAUUAGUUAGCGGUGUCAUCAAUUGUUAUGUAGAAUUAGGUUUGAAUGAAGAGGACCCGGGUGCGAAAGGACAAAAUCUAACGGUGUACAAAGAUUCAUUUGAAAAUAUCUUUCUCGAGGAUACGGAACGAUUCUACACUCGUGAAAGUUCUGAAUUUCUUAGACAAAAUCCUGUAACGGAAUAUAUGAAAAAAGCGGAACAGAGAUUGUUAGAAGAACAGAAACGAGUACGUGUUUACCUGCAUCAAACGACUCACGAACGGCUGGCAAAAACAUGCGAGAGAGUACUCAUCGAGAAGCAUCUAGAUAUAUUCCAUGCUGAAUUUCAAAAUCUUCUGGAUUCGGAUAAGAAUACAGAUUUAGGUAGAAUGUAUCAGUUGGUAGCAAGAAUACCAAAUGGUCUUGGAGAAUUGAGAAAUCUUUUAGAGAGUCAUAUCGCUAAUCAGGGUCUCGCAGCUAUAGAUAAGUGCGGAGACUCAGCAGCUAAUGAUCCGAAAAUUUAUGUGAAUACGAUUUUGGAGGUACAUAAAAAGUACAACGCUCUAGUACUGGUUGCAUUUAAUAAUGACAGUGGUUUUGUCGCAGCCCUAGAUAAGGCUUGCGGACGUUUUAUUAAUAGCAAUUCCGUCACAAGAGCAGCAAAUAGCAGUAGCAAGUCACCAGAAUUAUUAGCAAAAUAUUGUGAUCUACUGCUUAAAAAGAGUAGUAAAAAUCCAGAAGAGGCGGAACUUGAAGAUACUCUUAACCAAGUUAUGGUAGUGUUUAAAUAUAUUGAAGACAAAGAUGUGUUUCAAAAGUUCUAUAGUAAAAUGUUAGCGAAACGAUUGGUGCAACAUAUGUCUGCUAGCGACGACGCUGAGGCUUCCAUGAUCUCUAAGCUAAAACAAGCUUGUGGAUUUGAAUAUACUUCGAAGUUACAACGCAUGUUCCAGGACAUUGGUGUAUCAAAAGAUCUAAACGAACAAUUCAGAAGACACCUGAUAAAUUCUGCCGAGCUUUUAGAUAUAGAUUUCAGUAUACAAGUUUUGUCCUCUGGUUCAUGGCCAUUCCAACAGUCCUUCACGUUCUCUUUGCCAACUGAGCUAGAAAGAUCUGUACAUAGGUUUACCACUUUCUACAGUUCACAGCACAGUGGUAGAAAAUUAAAUUGGCUGUAUAAUAUGUCUAAGGGGGAGCUACAUACUAAUUGUUUUAAAAACAGAUACACAUUGCAAGCGUCGACUUUCCAAAUGGCGGUUUUGUUGGCGUACAACGGAUCUACGUCAUGGACAAUACAACAAUUGCAAUAUGCAACGCAAAUAAAGAUGGAUUUUUUAUUACAGGUUAUUCAAAUACUUUUGAAGGCAAAACUUUUAACUGCAGCUAGCGAUGAUGUAGCUGAACUGACCCCGUUAUCGACGGUAGAACUUUUUACAGGUUAUAAAAACAAGAAAUUAAGGGUAAAUAUUAAUAUACCAAUGAAGACGGAAUUGAAAGUUGAACAAGAAACUACGCACAAACAUAUAGAAGAAGAUAGGAAACUUUUAAUUCAGGCAGCAAUUGUUAGAAUUAUGAAAAUGCGAAAAGUAUUGAAACAUCAACAGUUGGUGGCCGAAGUAUUAAACCAAUUAAGCUCUAGAUUCAAGCCAAGAGUACAUGUUAUUAAGAAAUGUAUAGAUAUUUUAAUUGAAAAAGAAUAUUUGGAGCGCACGGAAGGUCAAAAGGACACUUACAGCUACCUAGCAUGAUCAGGGCAACAAUACAAGAGAAACAAAAUAAAA